CAUCUCUUUUGGUCCGUCAGAUCAUAUCCAAUCCAACGGUCCACACAUCACCACUUCCCAGUCUUUCCUAAUUCUUCCUCCCCCACUCUACUGUCUCCCAAAACCUCCCGCUCUUUUUUUCUCUGCAUUUCUUCUUACACUCCACAGAAAAAAGUCUAUCCAAUUUCUCUGAAUAUUUAAAUCGGAUCCCGUUUUCUUUGGGGACCCUUUUUCAGCCUUCAAUUUUGGUCUUGUUUGAUUCUUUUUUUUUUUGCCCCUGUUAAUUGUAAGAAAAAGAAGGAAGAGAAAUGCAAGAACAAGCUACGAGUUCCAUAGCUGCAAGCUCAAGACCUUCCAGCAGUGAAAGAUCUUCUAGUUCUGCCCUUCACGUUGAAGUCAAAGAAGGUUCUUCUUCUGUCUUGCCCUGCUAUGAAGUUCCCAUCUUUGCUUCUACAAUGAGGGUGCUUUGUGAAAUUGAGCUUCUGAAAGUGAUCACUGUUUUCUGGGGAUUUUUCUGCAAGGAUUUUUUUUUCUCCUUUUUUUAACUUCCCUUUCUCGAAUUUUGAGAUUCCAGAAUCAACUUUUAAGUUUUGGGUUUCGAUGAGUUUGAUGGUUUCCCUUGGACAACGCGAAUUAUUAUUUUUUAAAAAGGAAGAAAAUAUCUGGGAUUUGUUUAGUUCAUUCUGGGUGAAUUUGGUACGGAAAGAUUAAAUUUUUAUCCUUCUGGAGUUUUCGAGGAGUUUUAUGACUUUCCCUUGAGAAUGUGGUGUUUCUUUUUUUGGAAGAAGAAUCAUUUAUUGAAUGGUUGAAUGUUUUUUUGUUUUUGUUUUUCUGGGUUUGAAGUAGUGACAUAAUUUGUCGAUGUUUUUUAUACUUUCCCUGUUUAUGUAUGCUCUUUAAGGAAUGGAAAGUGAUGACGAGAUUCGAAGAGUCCCUGAGAUCGGAGGGGAAUUAGCCGUAGUAUCGGCUUCUGGUAGAGAUGGCGGCUCAGUUGCCGGCCCUGUUCAGCCGUCCACUGCCGGCUCGAGAAAGAGAGGGAGAAGCCCAGCUGAUAAAGAAAACAAGAGAUUGAAGAGGUUGUUGAGGAAUAGAGUGUCAGCGCAGCAAGCAAGGGAGAGGAAAAAGGCGUAUUUGAUUGACUUGGAGGCUCGGGUUAAAGAGCUCGAAACAAAAAAUGCUGAGCUAGAAGAGAGGCUCUCCACGUUGCAAAAUGAAAACCAGAUGCUUAGACAUAUAUUGAAGAACACAACGGCUGGUGCACAGGAUGGGAGAAAGUAGUAGCUUUGUUAAAAGAGGAGAAAGAGAAAUGAAAAUAUAUUUCAUGGAUCUCCUCACUGUACCCUAGAUAUACCAUUAUGGAUAUGGUGAUACUAGAUGAAUUAUGGAUCAGAAAUAGGUAUCAGUUGUAGAGCUCCUAAUUAAUGCUCACUCGGCCUAGGGUUCUCGGUCUCAGUCAGACCUAUUUCCUUAAAGUUUGCAGUGUCCUCAACUUCUAUGGCAUGCCGCCGCCUAGUUCUUCUUCAACCAUUUGUGUAUUAUUGAAUUGAUGAUGGCAAAUUGGUAAUGGUAAGUGGCUUGAUGAUACCGGAUAAUGUACUAGAUGUUUAAAGAUACCAGAGAAUCAGAGAUGAAGAAUGUGAUUGAUUCUUCUUGAGACUUGGAUUGGAUGGAGUACGAUGAAUGGGAACUGAUUUAGAGGCAUUGGAUUUUUGCUAGAUCUUUUAAAUAAGGCAAGGUAAUGUGAGCGUAAUAUGUUGGUGCUAUAUUUCAAGGCAUUUGAUUACCAUUAAUUUUAUGCGAAAAAAUGGGAAGAGUUUUAUUUAUCGAAAUAAGAUAGUAAAAACAUCUAAUGAUAGCACAUUAUUAUUUUGGGACGGAGAAAGUAUUAUAGUAGUAUAUGUUUAAUUUUUGAAGUAUUGUCAUUAUUGUUUAAGCGGGGAGCGUAAAUGUCACUAUUAAUGAUGGCCAUAAUAAUUAGUGUUUCAGGAAACGUAAAUUUGGGGAAAGUUGUGUGUCCUCGUAGAUCAAUAAAUUCACCAUUCGAAGGUCUUGUUUAUGGAAUACUAUGAGAUGGACGUUAUUUUUAAAAUUCACAUUUGAGAUAUAUUUAGAAUUCUUUUAUACGUUAAUUUUAAAAUUCACAUUGGAGAUGUAUUAAGAUUUUCUUUUUUGUACUUAUACAAAUCAUCUAUUGAUACUGGUUUUUUUUUUAUUCCUAUAAUAAAUUUAUAAGUUUCCCAAUUUUUUCAAAUGUAGUUUGUGAUCAUGAUGUAAACUGUUUUGAUUCCUUGUUCCCACCGGCCUAGUAAAAAGUUGGUAGUGCUACAUCAAAGUCCACGGGUGGCUGUCGGCAGUCCGGCCACUGGCCGCCGCUGGCGACACUCCAUGGCAAACUUAGAUUAAUUGCUUACGUUUGCUUCUUUUCUUUCCCUUGAUAAUCCAAAUUGUAUACAUUUCCUUAAUUUUUGAAC